AUGUCGUGUCUGCUGCCUGCAAUCCUGAUCAUGACAGAAAUGCUCGAUGAUCUGGAUGACGGUAUGGCGCACACACACAGCCGGCUGCGCCGUGAGAAUGAACACAUUGCAUAUGUCAGUGAGAAGGCAAAAGCAGGCGGCCUCUGCUGCACCAUCUUCCUCCUUGUUGUCGCCAUUGUGCUCGUGGCGGCAAUACCAUUCUGA